CCUGAUGCAGCGUUGUGCCUCUGCCUUCUCAGUGUCUUCGUAGAAGUGACCACCCGUCGUGGGCUUUCUUCCGAGGGCCUUGCUUGUGCAUCCCAACUACCAUUCUUAAUACCCUAUGCUGGUCAUCCUUUAGUUUUGACGCGUUCCUGGAGUGCGGCGACCUAGACUUCCAGGACCUCAAGUGGGCCUGCGCGGUGCUCAGUCUCCUGUGUUCGCACUGCGACCGCGGCUCUCCUAGACUUCGGGACCUUCUUAGGAUGACAGCUGCAUCUGAAAACUUUGCGAGGAAGACGCUUCCAAAAUUUGCGUUCGAGGUUUCGUCGCUGGAAGACUGUUCUCAGCAGCUGGAAUCCCUCGUUCACCUACUGGACGUCUUGGAGGCCAUAAAGGAAUUUGUUCUGAAUACGGACACCUUCCUUAGCCUACUACCCUACAUAACGGCGAUGGUUGACUCAUUGCGUGAAUCACAAUUAGGCAUCGACGACGUCUACAAUACGGCCGUGAAGCUGGAAGCGUUUGCGACGAGUGGCGCCAUGCUGGGUAGACAACGUGUGUUGUCCCACCCGGACUUCAGAAGUCUCCCAGUCGUUCCAGCAUCUGAAGAGUUGCUAGCCAGAGAAUUGCCUCAUUUGACGCCUAAUCGUGUCCGUGGGUCGUAUAAUAGCACGGAUAACUAUCUGGACGUCCAGUUUAGACUGCUUCGUGAGGAUUUCGUCCGUCCGCUCCGGGAAGGGAUAAGGGAGUGCGCCCGGGCACAGCAAGUCCGUGGAUAUAGAUACAGGAAAGAAAUAUUCCGCAAGUUGGACGGCGUCAACGUCCAUUUCGGCGUUGUCGUCAUUUCCUCUUCGGUCAACGCAGAUGGAAGGGUAUACGUCGCGCAGUUCGACGCCUCGAGUUUCUCAAAGAUACUCUGGAAGGAAACGAGGCGCUUCAUUCCCGGAUCGCUUCUUUGCUUCAGUAAGGACAACUUCGAGACAAUCCAGGUGGCCACGGUGUCGCGUGCCAGUCAAAGUAUGCUCGGCAGGGGCGUCGUUGAAGUCACAUUCUGGAAUUGUAGCUGCGAAGUCACGGGCCAGUUUGUUGUUCUGGAAAGCAUCGCAUACUUCGAGGGUUAUCGUCAUGUAUUCCAGGCUCUGCAAAACACACACGUUCUUCCACUGGAAAAGUACAUCGUAGGUGCGGAAUCCGUCGUUUUCCAUCCAAGUUACGUGAACAAUUCGACGACGUUCGACGUAACGUGUCUCCUAGAGGCACCUGGUGGUACCCGCCGAAAGGUGACCCUGCUCGACCGAGACAGCUGGCCAAAGGCGGAAGAAGUCCAACUGGACAGCUCCCAACUGGAGGCUCUUCAGUACGCGCUAACCCAUGAACUAGGCGUCAUACAGGGACCUCCGGGAACGGGAAAGACCUACAUGGGUUUGAAGAUUGUUCAGACGCUGCUGGAGAACGACGCCGUAUGGGGUGACGGCCAAGGUCCCAUCUUGGUGGUCUGUUAUACCAAUCGCGCCCUGGAUCAGUUUCUGGGAGGCAUGCUUCAGUUCACGAAACUUGUUACGAGGAUGGGCGGUGGAUGUAAGAACAACGCCUUGAAAAAGUAUCAUGUCAAUAAGAAGUGUAAACGGACACUCGCUGAUCGGCAGUCCUCUCAAGCUCUACGGAAGCACCUUGGACGACUGAAGGCACUUUCAACAUUGUCACAGACCGUCUUUUCCGUACCUGAGGAAGAGGACAUUGUAAAACUGCUUAUGCAUGUCAUGAGCAAGGCGUGCUGCCAGUCCUUCUUGCAAGCGGUGUUCGACGAGCAUUCCUUCUGUCAAGUGUUCAGUGUGUGGUUACGCCUGGAUCAAACGAAAGCACUCUUCGUGAAUCAAAGCAGCAAAAAGGGCACGUCGUCGGUGCACAAAGCUAGAAAGGGAUCCAACAAGCAGGACCUGGACACGAGCUCUUGGGAAGCAUAUCUGCGUAGCACCAUCAAGGAGGGCGAUCGAGCCACAGGAGACGAUCACGUCGAGGACGUUUGGACACUACGAUCUCGAGAGCGCUGGAAACUAUAUCGAUACUGGGUCCACAACCUGACUUCUGUGAUUGACACCUUUCAAACUUCUGAGAUGGUAACAAUGGAAGGUGUGCAAGAGCGCAUGGCGCACUCCAAACUAAUGGCUGUCCUAUCGGUCCUUAGGGCGUCCAAGGUCAUUGGAAUGACAACAACGUGCGCGGCUAAGCACCAGGCUCUCCUCCGCGAGGUGCAACCGCGCAUCGUCAUCGUGGAAGAGGCAGCCCAAGUACUCGAAGCUCACGUGGUGACAAGCUUGGCUCCGCAAACUCAGCAUGUGAUCCUCAUCGGGGACCACCAGCAGUUGCGUCCGCCUACGAAUGUACACGAGCUGUCAAUCAGAUACAAGAUGGACGUGUCGCUUUUCGAAAGAAUGCUUAUCAACGGCGUGGGUGUCAAACAGCUCCGCGUUCAACAUCGCAUGAGGCCGGAAUUCGCCCGCCUUCUCACGCCACGAUUCUACCCUACUUUGGAGCCCCACCCGUGCGUGGAACGAUACGAAGACAUCGAGGGUAUGACCACGAACAUGUUCUUCUUCAAUCACUCCUCCGCCGAGCAGAGAAAUUCUGGCAGAAGCUAUAGCAACGUUUUCGAGGCACAUUUUCUAGUCAACCUCUGCAGAUACCUGCUUGCUCAGGGUUACCAACCUUCUCAAGUCACUUUGCUCACGCCGUACAUGGGUCAGAAGAAGCUUCUAGAGCGCACAGCUAAUACAUAUCAGGACAUGACCGCGGUGGCCAUCACAGUAGUGGAUAAUUUCCAAGGAGAAGAGAACGACAUCAUCCUCUUGUCCCUGGUUCGCUCGAACGAAACCGGGGAAACCGGUUUUGUUCGAGUGGCGAACCGAAUCUGUGUCCUUCUGUCCAGGGCACGUAUGGGGUUUUACUGCGUAGGUAAUAUGACCUUACUGAGCGAGGCGUCCAACUUAUGGAGAGACAUCGUUGACGACCUCAAAUAUCGGGGCCUCCUGGGAUGCGAACUGAAGUUACGGUGCAGGAGACACCCGAACAGCACGGCAGUAGUAAGAACACUCGAGGACUUUCCUAGCGGUCGUAAUAGUUUGUGUAACCUUCCGUGCCCAGCCUCCCUUCCUUGUGGACAUUCUUGUCCAAAAAACUGUCAUAUGGAUACUGAGGACCAUACGCUGAUCACCUGCAGAGAGCGUUGUGGAAAGACAUGUUCCAGGGGUCACUGUUGCAACGGACGCUGCCACGGCCACUGUACGCCUUGCACGGUGCACAUUAAGGUGGAGUUUCCCGUUUGCCACCAUACUUCGGAAGUCCCGUGCUACAUGGCAGACGAGGCGACUUGCACGAAAAAGUGCGGGCGACUCUUGAAAUCCUGUGGUCAUCCGUGUGGCAAAAAAUGCGGCGAGCCCUGCGGUGGAGCGUGCAUCGUAUCAAAUGUUGAGGUAGGUCCAUGCGGACAUCUCAUCGAAGUCCCGUGCAAGAUAUCUGGCUGUAUCGCUGCUAAUCCAGAACUCUGUCGAGCCCGCUACGAGAGACUGCUACAAUGCGGACAUAAGUGUGCAGGGCGUUGUGGUGAGCCGUGUGGCGAUAACCCGUGCAGGGAAGCCGUAAAGAAGUCCUUACCCUGCGGCCAUACGACCACUGCGGAGUGUCGUGAGUUGGCAACGGAUAUUGCAUGCCGGACGAAAUCUAGUUACGUGCUUCCUUGCGGACAUGACGUGGUCCUCGAAUGCUGGCAGACCCAAACUGAAUCAUUUUUCGCCUGCGAUCAGUGUCCGAAGUCUCAGCCAUGUGGACACACAUGCCGCUUCGGAUGCACAAGAGCUUGUAGCCACGUUUGCAAUGCCGAAGUAUCCGCUCUGUGCUCAUCUGGACACACCGUUGUAGUUCCUUGUUGGCAGCAAAAGGAUCCUUCUGCCGUUUCUAGACUGUGCCGUGCACCUUGUCGAGCUAUCCUACACUGCGGUCAUCCUUGCUGGAAUGCCUGCAAUGAACCUUGCGCAAGUACGUGCAACAAGUAUGUUACUUUGGACAGAGCUUGCGGCCACAAAGAUAUCGUUCCGUGCAGUCUGCGGGAAAAGGAAUUUCCUUGCUUAGAACCUUGUCCUUUGUCUCUUGCCUGCGGUCAUCCGUGUCCUGCCGCCUGCUACAAAACCCCGUGUCCAUACCCGUGCCAGCUAUCGUGUCCAAUGUCCUGCCCUCACGGCCCAUGUCCGACUGUGUGUGGCUAUCCAUGUCCACCUUGUGGAGAACCCUGCACGUGGUCGUGUCCGCACUAUCGUUGCGAUGCCUUGUGUUGCGAACCUUGUACACGGCCUCCCUGCGACCAUCGCUGCGCAAGACUGCUGCCCUGUGGCCAUGCUUGUCUCGGAGCCUGCGGCGAGCCGUGUCCGACGCUAUGCAGUGUUUGCAAGCCGAAAGAGUACGAGGAAGCAGCGGGAACGUCCCUAAAUGUUCUCCUCGUAGCGCUCGGAGACUGCGGACAUUCUGUGCCAGAGGAAGAUUUGAGGAGAGCUUGUUCCACAGCCCCCGAGGAUGACCCCCUUUUGUGCCCUAGAUGCUCGACGCCCGCCAGGCAUUGUCUGAGGUUCGGUCAACGUGUCAAGAAGUACAUCGCCAGGAUGAACAGACAAAAGCGAAAGGCUCUGGAUGACAUCCGGAGUGAGCAUUACGGCUAUGAAGCGGUUGCCGGGCAACGCUCACUUGAUGACUACCUCCGUGGUCUCAUUGAAGAGAAGAAACCCUGCGACAAGUGACUUCAAUAGGCCCACUGAACAAACUUGUCUUGCUUUUAUAUAGUGUUUUGGUUUCGAAAUACUGAGCGCUUCGUUGGGCUACUGUAGCCCUUAGUUCUUGGUUUCAAUUUGUCUGUGGUUUCGUUAAAACAAUGAAACUUCAUUCGCGCUCGAGCCCCUGCAGCGAUGUAUAUGAUAUGCAUUCGCGAUAAUCGCCCUCUUCUCUACACUGAUCUCAAUGUCAUAACAAAAUCAGACUUUUACAGAUAAAGAAUAUUUCAUAUCUCCA